CAAAUGUCUAACAGUAGCUCUGUCGAAAUUGGAAAGCAGCGGGCUGCUCACCAGGCUGUAGAUGAUUACAUCAACUCUGAAUGCAAGGUAGUUGGAAUUGGAUCCGGUUCGACUGUGGUCUAUGCUGUCGAACGUAUUCUCCAGAGACCCGAGUUGAAGGACAUAAUCUACGUACCCACCAGUUUCCAAAGCAAGUUAUUGAUUGUAGAGGGUGGCCUGACUAUGGGAAGCAUUGAGCAGUACCCUGAUAUCGAUGUUACAAUUGAUGGUGCUGAUGAGGUCGACAGCCAGCUCAAUGUCAUCAAGGGUGGAGGAGCAUGCCAGUUCCAGGAAAAACUUGUGGCCGAAGCAGCAAAAAAGUUUGUGAUUAUUGCUGAUUAUCGUAAAAAGUCCAGCCAACUUGGUACAGAGUGGACCAAGGGUGUUCCAGUAGAAGUUGUUCCGAUAGCCUACAAGUCUGUCAUGAAGUCUAUUGAGAAUCUUUCUCAAAAGCCUUUAAAGAGUACCCUUCGUAUGGCUAUAAAUAAGGCUGGCCCUGUUGUGACUGACAAUGGUAACUUUGUGAUUGAUGCUCAUUUUGGUGGUAUUGAGGAUCCUGCUCAGCUGUUGAGAGAAAUGAAGCUGUUGACUGGUGUGUAUGAGGUCGGAUUGUUCUGUAACAUGGCAGAGAUUGCUUACUUUGGUGAAGCUGAUGGUUCAGUCAAUACAUUGACUCUCUAAUUUAUUUAUUUAUUUAUUUUUAAAAAUAAAAUAUAUAUAUAUAUAGAUCUAUUAUU